GCCCGACUCGCGCGAGAGGAAAUUGUCUCUCGAGAGGACGAGGAGGAGGAGUUGCCCACAGACAUUUGAACAUCGGAGGAGGUUUGCACCAUGACCCCGACUGCCAAGAGACGGUUGAACUCUGCAGUUUGUGGUCACGUGAAAUGGAAGGUUUUGGUGGUUUUGUCGCUUUUCGUGCUCGUGUGUUUACUGCUCAAUCUUCGCAGCACCUCGCGGAUGUUUGUCAAGCUGCGGAGAAAGCAGAGAUUGAACGUCACAGUGGAAUCCUCCCGGUGUUUUUCGCAAACGGAAAUAUUGCAACCGAUUCCGAACGGGAACGCCCUGGUCGUGUCGGCGUAUUUAGACUCGCGCCAGGAACCGGGAUCAGUGCGCGUCCUGGCCAUUGUGAAGAGAUCUUCCCCCCUUGAGCUCCACUGCUACUUUGCAUGCCGCAAUGGAAUUUUCGUGGGGGCUUCCCCAGCCGAAGUAAAUUUGUUUCAUAAUCACUUCGGCUUUCCUUGGGCCGGAGCUCAUAUAUUGUGCUCCUUGCAUGAUAGCCCGUGCGCCAAGCCGGACAAAGUGGCACUUGUGCCCUCUGAACAAUCUGAUGGGCAGUGCUUCGUGGCAAACAUUCAAAACGCAGCCCCACCACAACCAGAGGACAGCUUCACCCACGACUUUGGCGUCUGCAUCUCCACCCUGUUCGGAGGCUACAACAACGUGCUGCAGUUCACGCAGGCCAUGGAGAUGUACCGGCUGCUGGGAGCGGGACGCGUCACCAUCUACAAGAGCAGCUGCGGCCCCGAGUUGGGCCGGGUGCUGGCCCACUACGCGGCCACUGGUCUGCUCGAGGUGAUCCCCUGGCCAAUAGAUCGGCACCUCACGCCGUCCACGGGGUGGACGUACCCAACUCACCCGGGCGACGUGCAUUACUACGGACAAAUAGCCGCGCUCAACGACUGCCUCUACCGGCACAUGUACGACACGCGCUACCUUGUGAUGAACGACGUCGACGAGAUUAUAAUUCCAGUGGAGUGCACCAGUUGGGCUUGCCUCAUGAUGCACCUCAACGGGAUCUACGAUGCCGAUGUCUACAGAUUUAAUAACCACGUCUUCCCCUACACGGUGGUGGACGACUUUGGCCGUGUGUUUGAUAGAUGGAAGGGGAUCCCUGGCCGUAACAUUCUGACGCAAGUUCGCCGUGAACCAAACCCGUUCUUUGUAUUCAACCCGACCAAGAUGAUUCUGAAUCCGAGGCAGGUUGUCGAGACGUCGGUGCAUCACGUGGUGUCUACCUUUGGCCAAAGGGCGUUGGUCUCGAGUUCACUUGCCAAGCUGCACCACUAUCGAUCGCCCGAGAGGCCGAAUCUCAAUAAACGGGAUCUCAUCAUCGACCCCGUGAUGUGGAAGUACAAGGCUGCUCUCGUGAGCAACGUGAGUUCCGUGUUGCACAAAGUGGGGCUUCUCCGUUAAUUAUUAAGUGAUUUUUUUUUGUGAUAUAAAACCAAUAAAGUUUAACUCGUGGUGCUGCCUUGUAUCACUCCAGGGCACGUAGGUGCACGCGUUCAAACAUCGCGUUUUAAAAUGUGAUCUCCCUUCUCCACACCUUCUCGUGUCUGCUGCAUUUGGAUAAUGC